AUGGCACCCACGGCGGCGGAGCAGCACACGAGGAAGGCGGUGGGCCUGGCGGCGCGCGACGCCUCCGGCCACCUCUCCCCGCUCGCCAUCACCCGGAGGAUUCUGUACUGCGGUAUCUGCCACUCUGAUCUGCACGGCAUCAAGAACGAUUGGAAGAACGCUAAAUACCCCAUGGUCCCUGGGCAUGAGAUCGCCGGCGAGGUCAAUGAGGUCGGCAAGAAUGUGACCAAGUUCAAGACCGGCGACCGUGUGGGCGUCGGGUGCAUGGUGAAUUCGUGCCAAUCCUGCGAGAGCUGCAACAAGGGCUUCGAGAACCUCUGCCCGGGCAUAAUCCCCACCUACAACUUGGUCGACCUUGAUGGCACCAUCACCUACGGUGGCUACUCCAGCAUGGUAGUGGUGCACGAGCGGUUCGUGGUCAGGUUCCCCGACACCAUUCCGCUCGACAAGGGAGCGCCGCUGCUGUGCGCUGGCAUCACCGUGUACAGCCCCAUGAAGUACCACGGUCUAAACGUUCCCGGGAUGCACCUCGGUGUGUUGGGACUGGGCGGGCUGGGCCAUGUUGCGGUCAAGUUCGACAAGGCCUUCGGGAUGAAGGUAACGGUGAUUAGCUCUUCGCCGGGGAAGAAGCAGGAGGCCCUCGAGAGGCUAGGCGCCGAUGCGUUCAUUGUCAGCAAGAACGACAAGGAGAUGAAGGCCGCGAUGAGUACCAUGGAUGGCAUCAUAAACACGGUGUCUGCAAACAUCCCCAUGGCCCCUUUCUUGGGGCUACUGAAACCCAACGGCAAGAUGAUCAUGGUUGGUCUCCCAGAGAAGCCUAUGGAGAUCUCUCCCUUUGCUCUGGUUGCCACGAACAAGACCCUGGCCGGGAGCCUCAUUGGCGGCAUGAGGGACACCCAGGAGAUGCUUGACCUCGCGGCCAAGCACGGCGUGACGGCAGACAUCGAAGUGAUCGGUGCCGAGUACGUGAACACGGCCAUGGAGCGCCUUGCCAAGGCCGAUGUCAGGUAUCGAUUCGUCGUCGACAUUGGCAACACCCUCGACAAGGCCGCCGCCGCCGCCGCGGAGUGA